AUGUGGGCGCCGGGCGGCCCUGCGGGGCCGGCGAGCUGGGACAGGCGCAGGGUGGGCGCGCGGCUGCGUGCGGCGCUCGCGGGGCUGCACGAGCUGCAGGGGCUGCGCGCCACGCAGCAGGCGCGGGUGCGGGGCGCCCUGGCCUCGCAACCCGGGCCCGCCGCCCCCCGCGGCCCCCGCGCCCAUGAGCUGCGGCUGGAGGCGGCACUGGCGGCGCUGCAGGAGCAGCUGGCCCGGCUCCGGCAGCAGGACGUCGGCCUGGAGACCCACUUGGACCAGCUGGGCCAGCAGAUCAGCCAGCUGCAGCUGGACGUGGGCGCGUCCCCCAGAGAGGCCCUGGACAGCGACAGCCGGCCCAGCUCAGGCUUCUACGAGCUGAGUGACGGUGGCUCCUGCUCCCUGUCCACCUCCUGUGCGUCGGUCUGCAGUGACCGCGUCUCCCCGGCCCUGGGUGGUCUGCUGCCUGCGGCCCAGCCCCCCGAGGCCAGGCCCUGCAUGGGGGACUGGCGGCCCCGGUCGGCGGACGAGAUCUCCGUGCCGGUGUGGAGACCCCAGGCCACCGAGGAUGGCAGCAGGCCCCUGGGCACGGCAGGGGGCCCAGUCCGGCCGUGGGGCACGUUCCGGCCCAGGCCGGUGUCCACAGGUGACCUCGACACAGCCCUGCCGGCGGGCGCAGGCCUGCAGAAGGCCAGCGUGGACCCCCGGGCGCCCCCGCUUCUCUGCCAGGGCACAGACGCCGCACGCCACAUGCCGGAACCCCAGUACCAGCGGGACCUGGUGUCGCAGGGGGGCAGGGAGGUGUACCCCUACCCCAGUCCCCUGCACGCGGUGGCCUUGCAGAGCCCCCUGUUUGCUCUGGCGCCGGACAGCAGGCGGAGCGACGGCCCCUCGGCCCCCAGGAAGCCCCUGCCAGGCCCCACGGGUGCCUGCAGCCCCCAGACCCGGCCGGUCCCGGAGGCCGGCACAGCCAGGGCCUACAUCGACCGGCUGCUGCGUCUGCGGGGCUGCAGGACCCCCACAAGGGGCCGUGUGGGUGAGCAGGGCCCCCCACGAGGGGAGCUGUCCCCGUCCCCACAGGAGCCGGGCAGCCAGAGCACGGACGGUGAAGGUCGGCUCCAGAAGCUGCUCUCGGGCCCAGGCAGGGUGGCCGGUGGGGACAGCCCCCUGCAGCAGGGACCUGCACCCCUUGUGGGCACCCAGCACCCCAGCAGCCUCCCAGAGGAGGGGCCCAGACCCUCCAGUCGCUGUGUCCUGGGGGAGACCACUGUGGGCCCCCCACCCUGCCCCCAGGCCCCACAGCCUCCCUGGGCCGUGUCGCCGUCCCAGCCGGUGGACAGGAGCUGCCCUCUGGCCUCAGGGCCCUUUCCUGCCAGGGGGGCUUCCCCGCCCAGGCUGAACACGGGCCCCCCCAAGACAAAGGCCGUGAAGAGCAGGAGAAGGUCCAGUGACAAGGUGCUGCGGUUUGGGAAGCAGGUGGCCCCGGCACCAGAGAGCCAUCGGGGUGCCCCCACAGCUCCCUGGCUCCCCCCAGAAUGGGACCCUCCCCGCCGGGCCCAGGCGGUGGGUGGGCUCAGGAGGCCCACCCUGGCCAGGGAGGUGCCCGGGCGCUCCUGCUCGGAGUCCACCCUCUACCCGGUGCCCUUCCUCCUGCCCCUGGUGGUGGCCCCGGGGGAGAGGGGUGGGGCGGCCCACGCCCUGCUCCCCCUGGGGGCUGCACCUCUCAGCGGGGUGGCCAGGCGGAAGCAGCGCAGGUGGCAGUCCACCAUGGAGAUCUCAGCGGGGGCCCGCCCGGCCCGCUGCCCCGAGCCCAGCCCGGGCACACCCAGGCCCUCCGCCAGGACAGCAGGUGCCCCCCGGGCCCAGGGCAGGCCCUCGCUGACCCGCCAGGACGCGCGUGCCAGGAGCGAGUCGGAGCCCUCGGAGCCCUCCACAGACUGCGCCUCUCCGCUCCACUCCACCCUCGCGGAGACCAGCGGGGAGGAGGCUAGCGACCACACUGCCAACCGCUUUGGGGACCGAGAGUCCGGGGGCAGCGACUCGGAGGGCGGCGUCCAGAGUCGCCGUGGCCGCGGCCGGGCGCUAGACUGGGGGGUGGCUGGGCGGGGGCAGUGGGCCUGGCUGCAGGCGGGACCCCCAGUGGGCUCGAGGCCGCCCCUGCCCCCUGUGCCCAAGCUGUGCCGCGUUAAGGCCUCCAGGGCCCUGAAGAAGAAGAUCCGCAGGUUCCAGCCGGCCACGCUGAAGGUCAUGACCCUGGUGUGAGGGGCCCAGGACGGCCGUCUGCCGGCGGGCUCGUGGCCUCCCCAGGCCGUCCAGCCUGCAGAGAUGGGUUGCCUGUCGGACGGCUGUGCCCCGGGGAGGACAGCGCGAGUUCUGGGGGUGACUCUCCCCACCCCGGAAAGGACAUUUGCGGACAACUUUGAGGUUUCGGAUUUUAUAAGCCACCUGGCCACCUUACUGUUCUUCCAGCGGCUCCCCAGGAUGGGUCGGCUUCUUGACCAGCGUCCCUGUCCUGGGCUGCCGUCCCAGCGGCGGCUGUCACCUGUCGGUCCCCUUGGCCGGGCUGUGUUCCCCAGUCUUUUCCCUUCCCUCCCCCAGAGAUGCUCCGAGGCAGUGGUUGCAGGACCGAGUGCUGGAGGUUGAACUUGACCUCUGUGUUAGGCUCUCAAUGGGAAUGCCAUUAUCUUCUGAAAUAAAAUG